AUGUUGGCUCAUUUUCGAGAAGACUUACCUAUAGUCGUGGCCACUGAUGCAUCAUCGUAUGGGGUGGGAGCCGUGCUUUCACACAUCAAUCCAGACGGGACUGAGCAGCCGAUCGCCUUUGCCUCCAAAACACUCAACCGACAUCAAGAAAACUACAGCCAAAUUGAAAAGGAGGGCUUGGCGAUAAUAUUCGGAGUCAAAAAAUUUCAUCAGUUUCUAUACGGGCAGAAGUUUACGCUGAUCACGGAUCACAAACCAUUAGUCAGCAUAUUUAGUCCCGAUAAAAACCUCCCAACAAUGACGGCUCAACGUAUCCAGCGAUGGGCUAUUACGCUCAUGGGGUACCAAUUUCAAAUAAAAUAUCGCAAAACAACAAAUCACGCAAACGCUGACGCAUUAUCGAGAUUACCAUCGGGUCCAGAUGAAGACUUCGACAAUGGUGAAAUUAACCAAGUUGUCGCUAUACAAACUCCAAUUGAUAUUGAGGUCAUACGAAAAAGCACCAACAGCGACAAAAUACUACGAAGAGUUAAAGAAUAUAUUCAGAAAGGAUGGCCGCAUAAGUUGUGUCCAAACGACCAGGAUCUCCGGCCAUAUUUCAAUCGUAAGUUGUCCUUGAUUACUCAAAAUGACUUGAUUUUAUUACAGAGUGAUGUCACACGGGUUACUAUUCCAUACUUAUUACGUGAUCAAGUUUUGCGUCGGCUUCAUGAUGGACAUUGGGGUGUGGUAAAAAUGAAACAACUAGCACGACAACAUUGUUGGUGGGAUGGCAUCGAUAAUGAUAUAGCGAGAAUAGCAGCUGGAUGCGAAAACUGCAAACUAGCGGGUCCAAGUGAUCGGCGGGAAUAUUCAAGCUGGCCUGAACCACAAGCACCUUGGCAGAGGGUUCACAUUGAUUUUGCUGGUCCGGUAUUUGGUUCUAUGUGGCUUCUGUGCAUAGACGCGUUCUCGCAAUUUCCAUUUGUUUACAAACUAGCAAAUACAACGACGGAAUCAACGAUUUUCGCAUUAACUACCCUUUUUGCUAGUGAAGGUUUGCCAGAAACUAUAGUAAGUGACAAUGGCCCACAACUUACGGCCGAUGCGUUCAAAACAUUCUGUCACCAAAAUGCUAUUAAGCACAUUACGAUUGCACCGUUUCACCCACCUUCUAAUGGACUGGCUGAAAGAUUUGUGCGUACUUUUAAAACAGCCGUAAAAAAGAACAUAGAUGACGGCUUGCAAGUAAAUGAAUCGGUUCUAAAAUUUCUUUCAUCCUAUCGCACUAUGCCAAACGCAAAAGGCAUAUCACCAGCACAUCUUUUACAUGGUCGUCCUGCACGUACUCUCUUUUCGCAAAUGUUUUCAGUGGAAAAUGACAAAAAUGACUUUAAACAAACUUCAACCAAAUUUUCAUCUAACGAAAGUGUCUAUAUUCGAAACUAUGGCCGCGGAGAAAAAUGGUUAAAAGGGGUCGUGGACAGACAUCUUGGAAAAGUCAUGUACGUAGUAAGAACUAGUAUGGGCUACUUUAAACGACAUCAAAAUCAAAUGAAAUCUCGCCAUCUUAACGACGCCAAACCAGUUGAAGACAGCAGAGGAGGACCUAAUUCAGUUACCAAUAUAUUGCUACCUGAUACUAUGGUGGAUACUGCUAAUGAGCAGUAUCAGGAACAACCAAGAAGUCCACUAGAAGUGCGUCGAAGUGGCCGUAUUCGUAGAUCGGUACACCGCUACCAAGCUGAAGAUUUUCGUAAUUAA